UCAGUCUAGGCUGAACUCGUGUAUUUGUGAGUGAAGGACUUUUUGAAAUUCUUUAAUCAUGUCUGGAAGAGGCAAAACCGGCGGAAAAGCCCGUGCUAAGGCUAAGUCUCGUAGCUCCAGAGCCGGGCUGCAGUUCCCUGUCGGCCGUGUUCACAGGCUGCUGAGGAAAGGUAACUAUGCUGAGCGUGUGGGCGCUGGAGCCCCGGUCUAUCUGGCCGCUGUACUCGAAUACCUGACCGCCGAAAUCCUGGAGCUGGCUGGCAACGCCGCCCGAGACAACAAGAAAACCAGAAUCAUCCCCCGUCACCUGCAGCUCGCCGUCCGCAACGACGAGGAGCUCAACAAGCUGCUGGGAGGCGUCACCAUCGCUCAGGGAGGAGUGCUGCCCAACAUCCAGGCCGUGCUGCUGCCCAAGAAGACUGGCCAAGCCGCCGCCAGCACCGGCAAGGCAGGCAAGAAGGGCUCGCAGUCCCAGGAGUACUAAAAUAGAGCGGCGAGGAGGAGGCCUGCAGACCGGCGGAACAUCGCUGAAAUAAAACUAACAAGCAACUCAAACACAAAGGCCCUUAUAAGGGCCACC